AUGUCGUCUCUCCUGAUGGCCCACAGGCCGCGGGAAGUGCUUUCCAAGGUCGAACGUGAUGCGCUUAGAGAACUCAAGGCCGACAAAGACCUGGUCAUUGUGCCAGCGGACAAAGGACGCGCCACAGUUGUACUGGACAGGACAGACUACCUUCAAAAAGCCAAAGGUUUACUGGAGGACCGACAGUUCUAUGUCCCAUGUGCAACGAAUCCUUUAAAGGCGCUGACACGCGAAAUUAAUGCUACUUUGUUGGCCUUGGAGAACUCAGGUGCAAUAUCACCGACCGACAGACGCAUGGCGAGACCCCAAGAUACGGCUUUGGCCCGAUUCUAUGGCCUCCCUAAGGUGCACAAAGACAGCGCUCCUCUCCGACCCAUCGUGUCGCUCAAAGGGACUCCAACGUACGGACUGGCUAAGUGGCUGUUCCGGCGUCUCAAGUUCCUGACCGCUGAGUCAGACACCACGGUCUCUUCGUCAGCACAAUUCCUGGAGAAACUCAAAGGGGUAAGCAUCCAUCCAAAUGAGGUCAUGGUAUCUUUUGAUGUUACAUCCCAUUUUUACUUCUAUUCCCCAGGACCUGGCGAUCGAGACAAUUGAGCUGCUACAACAAAGCAUAUACGAUGAAACGGAGAACCGUCUUGGACACGCCCAAAUCCUUCAGCUCCUGAAGCUCUGUCUCAGGACGUACUUCACGUUCGACGGGACAAUCUACGAACAGGUGAAGGGCACACCAAUGGGUUCGCCGAUUUCGGGAUUCAUCGCCGAGACGGUCAUGCAACUGUUAGAGUCGCUGGUCUUCCAACACCACAGACCGAAAUUCUGGGCCCGGUAUGUGGAUGAUGCCUUCGUCGUCAUCGAACGGGAUCAGGUGUUGACAUUCCAAGAACAUCUCAACGCCGACUUCCCGGACAUUCAAUUUACGAUGGAGGAGGAAGAGAACAACCAGCUGGCCUUCCUGGAUGUCCUCGUAUGCAGCAAGGAUUGUGGUGGACUAAAGACCAAAGUGUUCAGGAAAGCGACAAAUACGAUGCAAGUACUGACCUUCAACAGUAACCACCCAAUCAGCCACAAACGCAGUUGUGUAAGGACGCUCUAUCGGCGUGUCGAAACGCACUGCAGUGAGCCGGAAGACAAAAUUGCUGAACUACAAUAA